CUUUGUUUUCACUCUCUUUCUCUUUCCUCAAGUCGUUGUUGUGUUAUUAAUAAAUAAAAAUAAAUAUACAGAGAGAUAUGUGUUUCGACACUUUCAAAAUAUAUACAUAUAAAUAAAUAAUUUUACUAUACAAUAUAGUUUAAAGAUCGGUUCUUUUUGUGAUCUGUGCACAGUCUACGUAAUGCCAGUUCUUGGGUUUUGGUGGGUUUGCUUCAAUCAUUGCUAUAUAUCCAUCUCACUCACUUUUUAUACUACUAAUUGGGAUCUAGUAAAGAGAGAUAAAAAGGGUGAGACCCAUUUUGGAAUUUUGGGGGUUUUUUUUUGGGGGGUUUCAAAGUGAAAAGAGAAGUUCUUUAUAUUUUUUUUGAAUGACAAAGUUAUGAGGAUUUUCUCAGGCUUUUGGAAGGAUUUGAGUGUUUGCAGCUCUAAAAGUAGCUUUGGUGUUGCUAAAAAGGAGGAGAAAUUGUAAAAAAAGGUUUCUUGUUUGGACAAGUCAAGUACAAUUAAUAGGCAAAAAUUGUAUCUUUGGAGGAUUUGAAACUUGAAAGACCCAAAAAAGAAUUAGUGGACUGAAAGUUUUUUUUUUUUUGCUUUUAGCUUGUUUGUCAGCAAAAUGCUAACUGAAGUGAUUAUUUUUUUUGUGUCAGAACCUAUUGUUAUUGGUAAACUUUUGAGUGCUAUAUAGAAGUGACUAUGAUUCAUGAAAACAGUGAAUAUCCUUUUUAUACAACAACAUACCUAGUGAAAUUUGGAGGGAGGUGUUCCAGAGAGGAUAGAGUGUAUACUGAGCUUACUCCUACCUCGGGAAGUAAAGGAUGUUUUUGAAACACCCUCGGCUCAAGUGAAGCAAAUCAAAUAGUGAGUAAACAUGGCAACUUAUAGAAAAGCAGUGAAUAUCCUUUUCAUGAAGUAUCUAAAUAAGCUAGAUAUGAUUGCCUGUCUAAAAAGUUGGAAAGGAGUUUUUACGCAGAGGAUUUAAUAGAUUGUGAGAUCAAAGUGUACAACAAAUGGCGAUGUGUUGACCAGAAUGGAUCCUCAGGCUUUUAUCAGGCUGUCAAUAGGGUCGUUGGGGUUGAGACUCUCUGGGACAACUUUAAAUGGUACAAAAUCAGGGAUAAGUGCACUCUCUUCUCCCUGUUUAUGCGAGAUCCGUCUUCGAGGUUUCCCUGUACAGACAUCAUCUGUUCCCUUUAUUUCCUCACCUGAAGCUACCGUGGAUAUUCACAAUGUUGCAUCCAGCUUUUAUCUCGAAGAAUCUGAUUUAAAAGCCUUACUUGAACCUGGGUGUUUUUAUGCGCCUCACGCAUGUCUAGAGAUAGUUGUAUUCACAGGACACAAAGGUGGCCACUGUGGAGUUGGUAUUAAGAGACAGCAAGUUGGGACUUUUAAGUUAGAAGUAGGUCCUGAGUGGGGUGACGGAAAGCCAGUCACUCUGUUUAAUGGCUGGAUAGGAAUUGGCAAGAACAAACAGGAUACUGGAAAACCUGGAGCGGAGCUUCAUUUGAGAGUAAAGCUGGACCCUGAUCCAAGAUAUGUUUUCCAGUUUGAAGAUAAAACGAAACUAAGCCCCCAGAUAGUACAGCUUCAGGGAAACAUCAAGCAACCUAUUUUCAGUUGCAAGUUUAGUCAGGACAGGGUAUCUCCGGUAGAUCCAUUAAAUAAUUUUUGGUCAAAUUCAGUUGAUGGUUCCGAACUUGACAUAGAGAAAAGAGAGAGGAAAGGAUGGAAAGUGAAGAUACACGAUCUCUCUGGCUCGGCUGUUGCAGCAGCGUUCAUAACAACUCCGUUUGUGCCAUCAACAGGUUGUGAUUGGGUUGCCAAAUCCAACCCAGGAGCUUGGUUGAUUGUUCAUCCUGAUGUUUGCAGGCCCGGAUGUUGGCAGCCAUGGGGAAAGCUUGAAGCAUGGCGUGAACGUGGGAUCAGAGAUACCAUUUGCUGUCGCUUCCAUCUUCUAUCUGAGGGGCAAGAAAAUGGUGGCGAUCUCCUCAUGUCUGAGAUCUUGAUCAGUGCAGAAAAGGGUGGUGAGUUCUACAUAGACACGGACAAACAGGUUCGAGCAGCAACGAGUCCAUUGCCUAGUCCAAGAAGCAGUGGAGACUUUGCAGCACUAAGUCCUGUUGCAGGCGGUUUUGUCAUGAGCUGUCGAGUACAAGGGGAAGGGAAAUGCAGCAAGCCCCUCGUGCAACUUGCCAUGCGACAUGUGACCUGUGUGGAAGACGCAGCCAUUUUCAUGGCACUUGCUGCUGCAGUUGAUCUUAGCAUAGAGGCAUGCAGGCCUUUCCGCAGAAGGCUACGGAGAAGUAGUCGCCAUUCCUGGUGAUGUAUGCACAUAAUGAUAGGGCGAUACCGAUUGAUCUCCUUCUCGAAUGAAGUAAGCCAGGCCAUUGUUGUAUUUCUCCUGAUUGUUGUAACUUGUAACAACUUGACGUCAUUGUAUAGAACCAACUUAAUAUAUAUAGAUAUUUAUGAACUAUCUUCUCAAAA